CUGGAGCGAAGGCUGGAGGAGAGCGGCGGGGACAAGGCGGCGCUGGAACGCGAGUCAAAGGAGCGCGCGGACGCCCUGGCUGCGCUGGAGCGCCAGCUGAAGGAGCGCGAUGACGCCUUGGCGGAGCUGGAGCGAAGGCUGGAGGAGAGCGGCGGGGACAAGGCGGCGCUGGAACGCGAGUCAAAGGAGCGCGCGGACGCCCUGGCUGCGCUGGAGCGCCAGCUGAAGGAGCGCGAUGACGCCUUGGCGGAGCUGGAGCGAAGGCUGGAGGAGAGCGGCGGGGACAAGGCGGCGCUGGAACGCGAGUCAAAGGAGCGCGCGGACGCCCUGGCUGCGCUGGAGCGCCAGCUGAAGGAGCGCGAUGACGCCUUGGCGGAUCUGGAGCGAAGG